AUGCACAAAGCCCGCGUAAUCCGCAAAGACAAGGGCACUGAAAGCUCUAAUCGCGACCGUAGACGGGAUUAUCGCAGUUAUAAGCAUCGGGAUGAUUCUCCUGGAACUCGCAGAGGUCACCUUCAACGUUACGAACGACCGCGCUACGAGGCUCGUAGUCGUAGGUACAUCGUGAAGGUAGCUAACCUGGAUUACACUGUAUCUGGAGAUAAGCUGAAGGAAUUAUUUUCGGAGGUUGGGGAAAUAGACAUGGCAUGGAUCGACUAUGACCACACCGACCGCUCUAAGGGUACUGGUGGCUGUAUUUUCAAAUCAGUGGAAGAUGCUAAAGUGGCUGUUUCUAGAUACAACGGUUAUGAUUUCGAUGGUCGCAACAUCGAGGUUCACGGUGAGUACCAAGAGCGUUCUUACCCACCUGUUCGUCCUCCAAACCGAUAUCGCGGCGAUAACUAUGUGAAAGCUCCAUGGUGA